AUGCCGCAGCAGUCGGUGGUGCGUUUCGGUGGUGCUGUCGGAAGCGGUGCCCGUUCGGCUGAGGACAUAUUGCGGCUUAUCCGUACUGCUGGCGAGGGGGGAGAGGGCGGGCGAACGUCCGCAAUCACGCUGGCACAGGCGUGCAAGUCCCGAGAGACCCGUAAGGCUAUGCUCUCCAACGCCGGCGACAUCCUGAGCGAGCUAGCGAGCGUCAUGUUGGCAUCUCUGCAAGCCGGCAGAGGAGACAAGCUCCACGACAAAGCCACCGUGCACGGGCUCGCCGUCACGAUGUUCGUCCUCUCCAAGGAUCGAGCCAUGGCGAAGGCCUUCUCCGCUUCCGCGGUGUCGACACUCGCAGUCCUCAUCGAAGGCAAUGGACGUCAGGAAGAUCCGCUUGGCACUUGCGCUGCUGCUGCUGCUGCUGCUGCUUCUGCGGCUAGGACAUCGAACGUUCAGGUAUCUGCUGCAGGAGGCCGACGACCGAAGCGUGCAUCUCUAAUGGAUACCAUGGGAACGAUCUAUGAGCACCGGAGCAGAAGCGUCGAGAGCAACGGACACAAGGGCGCCUGUCCCUUCGACAUGAGCGACGAGGACGAGGACAACGACGAGGGAGACGCGCCGGGUAGGGUCGGUGGUGGGUUCAGAAUUGUCGGUACGGAAUCGAGUGGGGCUGGCCCAGCUGAGAGUGGCAGGCGGUUGUUCCCCGCAAAUGGCGGCGCAACCUUCUGCAACGCACCCAACCGCCGAACCUCGCCGUGCGCCCAACCAAACGAUCAUGGUUCGGCGAACGCGAUGUUGCGCGCCCGCAUGCUCCUAGACAUUGCGGACAUUGUACCCUGGGGCAUGGCCAACAGGCAUUUAGUAUCAGCGGCGGACCUGGGCUUGGCCACUCUUCUCAAUGUAGCCGCCCAGGCUUGUUCGGAGAGCGUGGAGGGGGGCGGGGGGGUAGUAGCGGCAGACGGCGCCGCCGGCGGAGAGUCCGUGGACGAAGAAUUCAGCACCCAAGGUUCGAUGGGCGGCCAAUCUAAGCCCGGCAACGUAAUCGGGGCGCUGGCGAACGGGCAAGCGAACGGAAGCGACGCCUCUUCCGCGAACGCCGGCGUCGUGCCGGAGCUCAGCCGCUUGGCGCCGACGGGAUUCCUGCUGCCUGUCGUGGUCGGCGCGACGGCCGUCUUGGCGGAUCUAUCGGUAGCCUCCUUGAGAUCGCUGCACCAGCUUCUCUUGGCGUUGCGCUUGCUGGACCUGGCCACUUUGGAAAGCUCCGGCGAAGGGGACGGAGCCGCGGCCAAGGCGACGGCGGGGGCGGCAACCCCCCCCCUGGAAUCUCCUUCCCAUCCCUACGCGGAGCUCACCGGCGCGCUCUUGCUCGUAGUCGCCGAGUGUCAACCUUUCUGUAGCGACGGCGUGCCCGCACGUCAUCAUUGGAAAGGAAAAGCUCCGGAUCGGGUGUUCGGGGACGGGGUCAACGAGCAGCAGAUGGGCUCUCGGCAGCCCGUGGUGGGGAACGAAGUCGCCGCCAAGGUGCACGAGUGCUUACUCGCGGCCCUACGCGUUCUGAUCAACGUCACCCACCACGACCCGAGGGUCUGCGCGGAGGUGGCUGCGAGGAGGGGUCUCGAGACGCUCAUGCGGUGCCUUGCACACAGCUGUUGUGGGAGCCAGGGGGGCGACAGCGAUGGCAGCAGCCGUGGAGCGUUGGUUGCUCGUGCUAAGUCGGACGUGGACCUACUGGGGGACGUGGUGAAUGAAGCUAAUGAGACUACACCGGAGACUGGUUUGGAAGAAGACGGGAGCGGCGGGGAAGCUGGCUCUGGAGCGGGAGACUUCGACACUCAGGUAUUAGCUAUGAGCGCGUUGAUAAAUUGCGUUGAGCUCAAGGAGAGCGCCGACAACUGCGCCGCCAUGGCCAGCCUAGCGGUUCACCCGCCCUAUGCUUGGGCGGCAGGCGGGAAGACAUUUGCAGGAGGCAGUAAGAAACAAUGGCGGCCGCUUCCUGGCGUUGGGGAUUGCCGGUGCCUCGCUCCAGAGUUUCUGGCAAAGCUUCUCACCCUCUACACACGGGAUUUCGCCCACCAGCUUGAGACCGGCCGACCAGGGGGGAACGACGACGAUGAGAGGCCAGUAUCACGCCCCCCUUCGGGGACAGCACAACAUGGGGGGGGCGUCAUCGCCGGCGGGUCGUCAGCUACUGCCCCUGCUACUCGUUCGAUUCCCUCUCCUGUUGCGGUGACGCCGCAGAAGGGGGACAACGGGGAGCAGUCCAUGAGCCACGCGGAAGGCACGGACCUCGUGCUCGGAGGGCACUGCGCUCUUUUGCUGGGACUGCUUGUUCGAGACCAAGAAAGAAACAGGCGGUUGGCCUUGCCCGUGCUUCCCAACGGGGAUCCGACGCUGAUUGUCCGUGUGUUGGAGGCGUUCAUGGCGCUGCAGUUCCAGGCGGGCGUGCUAACUGAAGAGUUGGUGUUGGCGGUGCAGGGGCUAGUGGAGGAACUAGAGGGGCUAGACGCGCUUCCGGCGGAAGAGGGCGACCCGUUUGAGCCAGUGGCCGACGAGGGACCCGCUUCUGUGGCCACCUGCCCUGCUGCUGCUGCUUCUGUGAGCGCUGCCGCAACCACGCCACAACAACGUGGCCAAAAAAGACCUAGAGGUCCGUCAUCAAGCAGAGAACUGCCGCCGGUUGAAGGGAGCUUGGCGACCCUGCGAUCGGGGCUGUCGGGAAUGGAAGCUGGAGGUGGAGACGACGGCAAUGCGAAUGGAAUUUCGUUGUCGGUGAAAAGUUCCCAGGCGGAGGCGCAAGAAAAGAGCGCAUCGUCGUUGUGGAUGGCUCAGUCACCUUCUUUGGACGGAACCCCGCCUCCGAAACGUUCGAAGCCGUCGGAGCCGUCCUCGUCCUCACCCCCGCCAGCUGCUGCGUCUGAAGAGGAGCGACAGGCCACAGCAACGCCCAAGAAAAGCUCCAGCACCACCAGCGAUUCGGCUGAAACACCGGCAUCUCGCAGCCAAACCCCGGGAUCAACCAAAAAGUCGCCGUCAUCGUGGCGAGCCGGGAUCACGUCUAUUGCGGAGCGGAUAGGGUUGGGGUUCCGGGGUAGGAGCCCGGCGGGAAGUAAGAGCUGGUUCGGCAGCGGGACAAAGCUACAAAGUUUCCGCAAUCGAAGUGCCUACGGGAGCCAAACGUGGAGAAAGGCGUCCUCCCGGUCUCUGGCUGGGUCGUCGCACUCACCGCCUUCGUACGGCCAGCCGGGAGAGGGAGCAGCCGCGGGGCCAAUAGCGGGACGGGGGGGAAAGCCAAGUCGCAAUGUCUUCGAAUUCUUGUCUGACGAGUCUGAGGUCGAUCUCCAAGACGUUUCGCCUGUUGGUGGUGCGGCGAGCGGCGUCAAGGGAGGCGGGGUAGGGCCCACAAGCGACCGCAGUGGCGCGAUGGAGGCAACUGUCAGUGGUGGCGCGAACAGCGUUACGGGGGGAGGGGUGGGGUCAAGAAACGGUCGGAGCAGCAAUCUGGCGACAACUUCCCCGAAUUUCGAUAUCGAAAAUUGGUCGGACUCGUCCAACGAAAGCCCCGGGCAGCGCAAGCCUGGAGAAGAAGCGAAGGCGAAAGGGGCACGCGUCGCCACGUGCCAGUUGCAGGUGCUAGGGGCCAGCCGGGGGAGCGCCAGGGUUUGCGGUGCUCGUGGCGGCGGCGUUAGUGGCGGUGGAAGUAAGGCGCGACAUGUAUUCGACAGGCGUAGGAGACGCUCCCCUAGCCCAAGCCCACCUCCCGCAGCCGCACCUGCGGCAGGGAGGAAUCACAUUGCGUCCAGAGGAGCCGCGGCUCCCAGCGGCUUGCCUGGCGUGGCAAAGGGGGGUAUCAAAAACGCUCCCGCCACCAGUAUUGCUAAGGCAAACGGGGAGGUAACUUCCCCGCCCACGGAGGAGGCUGGUGCUCGUGCCAAGCUGGGUGGUGAACACGGACGGAGUGCGGGUUUGUUGGGGCUCGCGAACGGUGCGCGGCCUACGGUAAACAAAGGAGACAGCGCGAGAGUAGGGCGGGUUGGAGGUGUCAAGCCGGCAACACGAAGGGUUUUAGGUGUAGAUGGGAGAAGCACGGGCGGCGCGGAAAAGCCAGCAAGCCGCAACGUGUUCGAGAUGAGUGAUGAGGAUGAGUCUGACUGAAAAUGUUUUGUAACCUGGCCUAAAUACUGCCGUACGCUGGAUACCGGCGAGGCUGGUUGAGUAAUGCUCUCUUUGCUGCGACAUUAGUGAGUAACAGCACAAUCAGUGUACAGCAGCUAAUUUUUUGGCAAGUAUUUGUGAUGGGUGAUAAUGAUUUUAGUUCGGGUGCUACUUCUGCUGUGGAAUCGCGUGUUUCUUGCUUGUGAACAAAUAGUUUUGCGAGACGUAUUGUACCUGUACAAACUACACGGUUGUUCCAGAUGUUUCUGAUAAGUGUACAGCAGUCGAGCAGUCAGUGCGGCACUCCCUGUGGCGUGUUUUAGCCAGAGCAGUGUUUUCGCAUUUUCCACGAGCCAACUUUGGGCAAGGGUUUUGUGGCGUUCAUGACGGGGCCUAUUUCGAGGCUCUAAGCAGCUGUGUUCCGUACGCCAACUUGGCUGAAAAAAUUAAUUACAACUUUGUUUCC